CGACACCAAGGUUACUUGGUGCUGGUUCCCCCAGCCUCGCUAUUUCCUUUUACUGCUAAAUAAGUGUUUCGUGUUGCAUCUCUCUCUUCUUCUUCUUGCAUCCACAUUCUCUGUCGCAUUCAAAAGUCGAGUCUAUUUGUCGCUCGAGAUCAAGGCCGAGUCCGUACAGAGAUUGAUAUUCAUUGAGGGUUGCGCGAUAUCAUCACCAUUCACGAUGCCGUCUGCAAAGGGAAAGCCUACGGAUCCGAAGCUGAAGGAGAAGGUUACUGAAGAAGUCAAACAACAACCCAACAAAGACGGUUCAGGAAAAGGUCAAAUGGCCGCUUGGAAAGCUGCCAAAAUCGGCAAGGAAUACGAAGCCCAAGGCGGCGAUUACGAGAACGAGCCUGGAUCCAAAGAUAAACCAGAAAAGGGUCCUCCACAAAAGAAAUCUGAGUCUGAGAAGAAGGCCGAGACUUCUGGGUCUGUUAAGAAGGAUGAGGAUGAGGAGAAGGGUGAGGGAAAGAAGAGGGGUCGACCGAAGACUGGUGAGGGGAAGAGUGUGAAGAAGGCGAAGAAGGAACCGAGGGAGGGAGAGAGGAAGAGUGCUAGGCAGCAGGCUAAGCCGGUGCAGGAGAAGAAAGCUGAUGAUGAGGAGGAUGAGAAUGAAGAGGAAGAGGAGAAGCCUGCUAAGAAGAAGGGUAAGACUGCUGGCAAGGCUAAGUGAGCUUGCCGUGUUGUUGGGAGCAAGUCUUUCUACAUGACCGAGGGAAUUCUGACUUAGGACAAUUGCGGAAUGGGUCACUGGAACGAAACAUCUCUUUUGCUGCAUAUCAUAUCUUAUGGCAAUUGUUAUCGUAUGCGAAUUGAACGAUUGAAAUGGAAUGAUGAUUACUGAAACCGACCUACAACGACUGCUGCUUA